GACCACAGGCGACAGUUAACCUUAAACGCAAAGGGAAAACCAGACGAGAGAAUAACAAAAAACAAACAAACAAGCAAGGAUAACACCGGAAUUUCGUUUUCACAGUAAAAGGCAACCUCGAUUCAACAUGUUAAGCCAUGCGUAAAAUGCGCGUUCUUGUUAAUUUACAAUAGACUAUUUACUAGCACUAAUCAAGUUCUAAUCGCAUUUGAUUUUCUACAAGGAAGCGUGAUUAAAUCUGCCGAACCACUUUUAUUCGGACUCACUCUCCUCCAAUGUUAAAAAUGACAGAGGAACACGAAAAAUCCCUCAACGAGCCUCCUUGCAGCCCUGCUGGGACCACGAGCUCGAUGUCGCAAGACGAAUCUGAUUCGGACGCCCCGUCCUCCCCGACGGGGUCCGACGGACACGGUUCUCUGCUCCUGCCCGCGAUGGGGAAAAAAUUGGACAGCGAAGAAGAUGACCGCUUCCCAGCCUGCAUCCGAGACGCGGUGUCGCAGGUCCUGAAGGGAUACGACUGGUCACUCGUGCCCAUGCCAGUGCGGGGGAACGGGUCGCUGAAAAACAAGCCUCACGUGAAAAGACCAAUGAAUGCAUUUAUGGUGUGGGCACAGGCGGCUCGCAGAAAAUUAGCGGACCAAUACCCCCAUCUCCACAACGCCGAGCUUAGCAAGACUUUGGGGAAGCUAUGGCGAUUGUUAUCGGAGAACGAAAAAAGACCAUUUGUGGAGGAGGCCGAGAGGCUGAGGGUUCAGCACAAGAAAGAUCACCCGGAUUACAAAUACCAACCCAGAAGACGGAAAAGCGUGAAGCCUGGUCAGAGUGAUUCAGACUCUGGAGCCGAGAUCGGCCAUCAAAUGUACAAGGCCGAACCGGGCAUGGGCGCUUUGGCAGUCAUGGGAGACGGGCUCCACCCCCACCACCACCCCGAGCACGCAGGCCAGCCCCACGGCCCGCCGACUCCCCCCACCACGCCGAAGACGGACCUGCACCACGGCGGCAAGCAGGACCUUAAGCACGAGGGCCGCCGUUUGCUGGACAGCGGGCGGCAGAACAUCGACUUCAGCAACGUCGACAUCUCCGAGCUCAGCACCGACGUCAUCAGCAACAUGGAGGCCUUCGACGUCCACGAGUUCGACCAGUACCUGCCGGUCAACGGCCACGCCGCCUCCGCCUCCGACCACGGCCACGGCCACGGCCACGGCCACAGCCCCGCCUACGGCUCCUCCUACGCCCACCCGGGCGCCGCCGGCGGGGCGUGGAGCCGCAAGGGCGCGGCGGCGUCCUCCUCCUCGUCCCCCGCCGGCGGCGAGGCGGCCGCGCAGAGGCCCCACAUCAAAACGGAGCAGCUGAGCCCCAGCCACUACAGCGAGCACUCCCACGGCUCCCCCGCUCACUCUGACUACGCCUCGUACGCCGGCCAGGCCUGCGUCGCCUCGGCCGCCCCCGGCACCGCGCCCACCCCCUUCUCCAGCUCGCAGUGUGACUAUACAGACCUCCAGAGCUCCAAUUACUACAGCCCCUACUCCGGGUACCCGUCCAGUAUUUACCAGUAUCCGUACUUCCAUUCCUCCCGCCGGCCGUACGCUAGUCCCAUACUCAACGGCCUGUCGAUUCCGCCGUCUCACAGCCCCACCAGCUGGGAGCAGCCUGUGUACACCACACUGUCCAGGCCCUGAGCACCUGCACUACGCAAAGACUUUCCAUCGAUCGCUAACUAAGUGUUACGGAAAUGUUCUGCACUAACGAAGGAAUAGCCUAUACUUAGACGGGGGGGGGGGGGGGGCGCUGUGCCAUACGAUAAAAAAAUGUUAUACGCAUGCCUAUAUACGUAAUUAAAAGUGCCUGCUGAUUUUAGCCUUCCUGAAGGUAGAUUUGAUGAAGAUGUGCCAUUGUUUUUAGGCUGUUCUCACUUUACCAUGGACGUCUUGGAAGAAAUCGAUAGGCCUACGAUUUUUACAGCUGGAAUGUUCUGCCAGGGUCACCUGAACGCUUUUGCACACUUUUUGUGUGUUUACUUUUUACGGAGCUUUUAGGUUUUGUGAAAAUUAAACGCGGUAAAGGUCAACCCAGGUGCGCAACCAGAUAAACAAGCACCCACAAAUCCUCCAGCACUGGGACCGGUCAUUUCUAAGUCAUUCUCAUGCAGAUCUAACUGCAGUGCCAACCAGCACUUAGCAUACAGCCUAGGCACGACCAGUCGAUGCAUUUUCAGUUCCACCAAACCAUGCUCGUUGUAUUUUUUAAUUUUCAAUUUUUUGGUGUUGUUUGAUUUACAAACUAUUUCAUAGCUUAUGUAUUUAAGUUUAUUUCAUUGUCGUUCUUGUUCUUUUAAUUAAUUGAAUAACCAUAUCACAUUUUUGGAGGGAAGCUCAAGCAAUCUACAGAAAUGUUUUCAUAUUAGAUUUCAUAUAUGAAUUAGCCUACUACGGUAGUUCUGCGCACCAUAACCACUUUUACCAAACGCCAGACCGGAGGUCAGCACGUAGGCCCAUCUCCAUUUCAGAUGCGUAAAUAUGCUGAAAACUCACGGAGACCAGCGAAAUGCCCUGAGAUGCAACAGCUGUCAAAUGCACCGCUUAUCCAAUUGCGAUUAGUCACGAUGCCAGGGUUUAAGGAAAUGGGUAACAUAACGCGCGCGCGCGCGCACUUGAGUGACGGGCCAGCUGAAGCCGGCGCUAAAGUGAACCGGAAGACGUAGAGGGUGUCCAAAUGUCUGCCCCCCCCCCCCCCCGCUCCGCUUACGUGAAAAGCAGUCCCAAGAACCAGCACAGGUGCUUGCUUGAUCUCAGCUUUCAAGCCCCCUUGUGUAAAUUAGCAUAACUUUCGCAGAUGGCACAAAUCUCGGCCGAAAACAAGGGGAAGAAAAGCGAUAUUUAGAAGGCGAUGAUUAUGGAUACUGAAAUCGCUUAAAUUUGGCUCUUUUUUUAAUUAAAGUUUGUAUUUGUCUGUGUGUCAAUACUGUAUACAUUUAUAUUUGAUAUAUUGUAUGCCGGGCAUAUGAUGACUUUAUAUACAUUUAACACUAACUCGUGCCUUCAAAUGCUUAUUUUUCUAAACUUUCUUUUCUUGUUGAUCUCCUUGUUUUAUAAAAUUAGUUGUAUUAUACAUGCAGCCAGUCUCCUCCAAUACACUUUAAAAACGAACGGAAAAAGAAAGCGUUCAAGCUGGUGCUCUUUAACCAUUUGAAGCAAAUAGUUUAUAUUUCAAUGAACACAUCAAAUAUGUCGGUGGUAUGUUUCGGAGUAUAACGCCUCGUAAAAUGUAUAAGUGAAAGUGGUUUCUUUUUCUUGUUUUACCUUUAACAUUGUAUUUUAAACGAAUCUUUUGCAGAAAGGUGUUGUUUUCACAAGAUAAUUAUCACGAACACAUUUAAUAUUUUCUGCCGGCCAUUUCCAAGGAAAAAAUAAAAUUGUAUUAAUGUCAA